UGACGUUCCAAGUUCCGUAAGGGUUCUCAGUGCUUAGCAUCAUUGGCAUAAAAUCCUGAAAAAGAAACGAAACUGAAACGGCAUGUCCGAAGUGUCGAGUGAACCUCAAAGUGAUCAGGCUUAUUGCUUCAAAUGGAGCGAUUAUCAGAAUCAUCUGUCGACAGUUGUCAGACAAUUGCUAGAAGAGGAUUCCAUGGUAGACGUUACGCUGUGCGUUGCUGGAGAACGUAUUCAUGCACAUCGGAUUGUAUUAUGCGCCUGCAGUGCGCUUUUUCAAGAAAUUCUGAGUGAAACAAGCGAAGAUCAUCCUACCAUCAUCAUUAGUGACAUUGCAGCUGAUGAUGUCAGGUCUAUUGUGGAGUUUUCAUAUCAGGGAGAAGUUAGAAUACCUGUGGAGAAUAUAACAAACUUGUUGGAUGCUGCACAGCUGUUGAAAAUCAGUGGAUUGAUGGAGAUUGAAGGACUCGAUGAGCAUGAUACGACUGUAAAUAAAGAUCAAAUCGAAGAAUUGGAUGAUGAUGAAGUAUCACCAGACCGUGAAGACGCUGCGAUAUCGGAUCCAAUUGAACAGCAGACAGGGAAAGAUGCUAACGUUGGCGAGAUCGAUUCCAUUGGGAAAAAAAAGAAGGAGAAAAAGAGGACGAUAGACACCUCGAAAAAGGUGUACAACGAUGAAAUGCUGGACGCUGCUAUAAAUGAUCUGAAGGAUGGCAAAACAUUGAUUGAAGCUUCUGUUAAGAAUCAUAUUCCAAGAUCGACACUCUACAUGAAAGCGAAGGCACUCGGUAUUCAAUUACAUGCUGCGCGAAAUGAAUACCCAGCUGCAUGUAUGCAGUCUGCAAUUGAGACAGUAGUCGGUGGGGCAAGUCUACAGCAAGCAGCUGAAAUGUAUGGUAUACCAAAGACUGUUCUUUGGAGGCGAAUACAAAAAGAAGGAUCUCAAAUAAACAGGCCAGAAACGAAAAGACAGUACGCAUCUGAGAAAAGACUUGCGGCUGUUAAAGCACUCGAGAGAGGAGAAAGGCUUACGAAAGUCUCCAAUGAAUUUAAUGUUAAUAUUGAUUGUCAUUUGCACAUACUUAACUAUAUACCAAAAACAACAUUGUUCAGGGAUAAAGUGAAACUUGUUGACGAGGGAAAAUUACCGGAAUCGUUCUGGAAACGACGGAGAACCGACGACGAGGGUUUAAAAAAAAGUAGACUGGAAAAAGCAGUGGCAGCUUGCAAAGAUGGUAGAAUGUCACAAGCUGCAGCAGCUAUACUUUAUGGCAUCCCUAAGACCACGAUUUGGAGGAAAUUGCAGCAGGCUACUAAGAAAAAUGAGGAUGAGUCGAGUCCACAGGUUUCAAAAAGGAGAAAAAAAGACGAUGUGCAAAUUAAGAGUGAGAAUGCUGACGAUGAUUUUCCGUUCUGUGAAGUCACAUCAGAAAUUCCUAUAACCUACAUCGAUGAAGACAAUAUUCCCCCGGAAUCGGUAAUAAUAUUAACCACAGAAGACGUGGACACUCUCAGUUUAGAGGGUAAUCGGCAAAUAAUUGUCAACGAAAAUUCUGCUCAACAGUAUAUUCCUUGUUCAAUAGGAAUCGAAGACAAUCCAACUUACAGUUCAACGGCGAGUUAGAACCUGAUUACAAAUGUUUUUCAUUUAUCUGUAGAUAAUUUGUGAAAUAUAUGAUGAAAUAACAUAAUACGAAAAGACAAAUAAUUAAGUGAGAUUGUUUACCAAUUAAUGACAAUUUUGAUGGAUGUGAUACUGCAUCAACAGUUUCAACCAAGAGGACAAUCAUAAAAUGAUUUUUUUGGGGAGAAACCUAUUUGUUAUUUGAAAAGAAGUUUAGUCCAAUGCUAUAUUUAACCCUAGUCCAUUUCAUCAAGAUAAUUAUCUCAUGGUAG